UGUAGUCGAGCAGCUCUGAAACAUGGCGGUUCAAACACACAAAGUGUUUCUGUCUCAGCGCUGCUUAUUAUCGACAUUAUUACUGAUUCCUGCUCUGUUACACUCGGGCUUGUGUGAGGGUGGGACAGAAGAGGCUCCGCACCGCCGCUUCGAGUAUAAAUACAGUUUUAAAGGUCCUCAUUUAACUCAGGGUGACGGAACUGUACCGUUCUGGGUGCAUACAGGCAAUGCCAUCCCGAGUGCAGAUCAGAUCAGGAUCACGCCGUCCCUGCGCAGUCAGAAGGGCUCGGUUUGGACCAAAGCACCCGUGAACUUCAAGCACUGGGAGGCCGAGGUGGCGUUCCGCGUGUCUGGAAGAGGAAGGACUGGCGCUGAUGGUCUGGCUAUAUGGUUCACAGAAGGUCAGGGUCUGGAGGGUCCGGUCUACGGAGCCGCCGAUCAGUGGAACGGUGUGGGAAUUUUCUUUGACUCUUUUGACAACGAUGGAAAGAAAAAUAAUCCAGCCAUCAUCGUCGUGGGCAACAACGGCAAACUCGUAUACGAUCACCAGAAUGACGGUUCGACCCAGGCCCUGGGAACCUGCCUCAGAGAUUUCCGGAAUAAACCGUAUCCCAUCCGAGCCAAAAUCAGCUACUACAAGCAAACGUUAACGGUUUUGAUCAAUAACGGCUUCACACCUGAGAAGGAAGAUUAUGAGUUCUGUACCAAAGUGGAGAACAUGGUCAUUCCCUCUAACGGCUAUUUUGGCAUUUCUGCUGCUACAGGAGGACUAGCAGAUGACCACGACGUCUUAUCGUUCCUGCUCUUCAGAUUGACGGAGCCCGGGCAGAACCUGCCUCCAGCCGAACAAGAGAUUCCCCAAGAGGAGCAGGACAAGUACCAGGAGGAAUUUCAGAACUUCCAACAGGACCUGGACAAAAAGAAGGAAGCGUUUCAGAAGGAGCACCCCGACAUUCAGGGUCAGCCCCCAGUAAAGGAUCUGUACGAGAGCGUCGGCGACCGCGAGCUCCAUCAGGUCUUCGAGGGCCAGAACCGAAUUCACCUGGAGAUCAAGCAGCUGAGUCGGCAGCUGGCCAUGAUCCUGGACGAGCAGCGGCGCUACGUCAGCGUCCUCACCGACGAGCUCUCCAAGCGCUCGGGACAGACCCAGUCCGGCCAGGCUCCCAGUCAGGAACUGGACACCAUAGUGUCGACCCAGCAUGAGGUGCUGCGCAGCCUGAACGAGCUGAAAAACAGCUUCUCGUCAUCAGUACAGCAGCUGAGCGCGGCACAGCACGCAAACGCCGGCGGUCUGGGCUCCUACGAGACCAUGCAACACUUCAACGACAUCAAGGAGCAUCUACACGUCGUCAAGAGGAGCGUGGAGCACAUCAUCCAGAAAAAUGAGUCUCCAGCCGAGAAGCUGAAGUGUCCCGAGCUGCCUCCUCUCCCCUCCUGCCUCUCCACAUCACACUUUGUGAUCUUCGUGGUGGUCCAGACGCUGCUGUUUUUCGGUUACGUCCUUUACAAAAGCCAACAGGAAGCGGCAGCGAAGAAAUUCUUUUGAUGAACUCGGCCCUCACAGCACAUUUGUCUAGUUUUGUUGGAAAAAAUAAUAAUAAUAAUAUAAGUUAUUAUACUUGAAACCUGAAGUAUUUUUUUAAUUUGAUCUGAAUUGUACAGGGUGUAAAUGAGUGAUCGUUGCUGCCUUGCGUGUUCAAUGUUUCGGUUUAGAGACCCCAAAUUUGGUGUAAAUGAUUCAUUAGUCUGCAAACCGUGUGUGUGAGCGUGUGUGUGAGCGUGUGUGUGAGCGUGUGUGUGAGCGUGUGUGUGAGCGUGUGAGUGUGUGAAUUUGUACAUGUCAUGUUAUUACAUUUUUACUUCAGGGACGUCCUGUUGCCUCCGAGAGUUUGAUGGACUGAAAGAGAGAAAAUGCUGCCUGUUUCUGAACCAUGUAGCCAAACUGCCACAAACAUAAGAACAUGGAAUACUGAAAAACUGAUAUCUUUUUUUUUCUCAAAACUAAUUUACAUAAACAGAAAAAACCCACA